AUGGCAGAGCCUCCACCAGGAAAGUGUUGGACGUGCGGCAAGGAGACCACGAAGCGCUGUUCGAAGUGCGCUGAAGGUAUGAACCAAGAAGACGUCACUACCCCGACCUACUACUGCGGCAAGGACUGUCAGACUGCCGACUUCAAGGCACACAAGGCCAAAUGUCGCCAAGCCACCGCUCGCAAGCAGUUGUAUCGUGGCGGGGACUUCCUCCAAGACCUCUUCUACUUCUUUCGCGAGGAAGCUUUCGACAUCGACAUUGUGGAUGUGAAGAGUCAGCACGGCAAGCUCCAUACGUACGAGCCGGCGUGGAACAAUGAAGUAACGUUCCCGUACUUCAAAUUCCCGGGCCAUCUCGUCACCAAUCAAGAGGACAAGUUUGCGCUCCUCACCAUGCUCUGUUGCAACGAGCCUGCGGCCUACAUGCACAAGAUUGUCAAGAAGGUGUUCGAAGACGGUAUUGAUACGGGCUACUACGGCCACGACACCUUCUAUCUACCACUCAAAACUGGCGAGACUUACGUUCUGGAUCUGGCUGGAGCGCAGUACGGCCAAUAUCGUUCUGUGGUACCAUACCGCUUCUACAAGGAGACGUACUGCGACCAUGCGCCAGAGUUCCGGCCCUUCGGGACAGCUGCAGGACAACGUCACAUACUCGAUGCUGCUCUCAAGGGCCAGUGCAAGCUUUUCGGCGCCGACGAGCUGCAGAAAGGAGACCCACGGGUCAAGCUCAUGCUCGACUACCUCUCAAGGCUCAUUAACCUGACCAUUGAGGACUGGGAAGUCACCAAAGCGACGUCGCUUGCCGUUCUCUUCAACAAGAGGCAGGAGUUGUACCAUGCAGAAAGCAAGCACGUCAAGGAAGGGAUUCUAUCGAACAUUAGUGCAUGGAUGGGGUGGUGGCAGGGCGGGGAAGGGCCAUCGUUCCGGCAAACCACGAAGACACACGCCGAUGCUUCGAAGCACACGACGGAGCGCACGACGACUGAAAUCAUCAACCACACGUCGCCGGAGGUGUUCUUCGAAAAGUGCUUGUCGAUCGCCAGCCAAAAGGAGCACAAGAAGCUCCAGGCGGAGGAGACAGCUCUGGCGAAGAAGUAA